UUUUUUCUGGAAAGGCAUCUUUUCUGAAAUAAUUCCAAUGCAGUUUCUGGAACAACUAUCACUACAGAAGUAGGAAACAGGCUGAUAAGGGUUUUUUUUUCCCAUUUGGGGAUCUUAAUGCUUCUGUUGAAAAUAUUGUUCCUACUUCAAGGUGAAGUGCUGGGCUUGGUUGUUCUAUCUCCUGUGUUGCCUUCUGUGUGAACAUUUUGUGCUAAUUUGGGGCAGUCACAUCACCUUGAUAUCCGUGGUUGUACAUUCUUUAAAGGCACGCUCCAUCCUUUUUUAACACCUGCUUGUUUUUAAACUGUUCAGUAUACACUUUCUUGAGGGUAGCAGGCUAUUGUUGCAAUAAAUCUGUUGCAUCAGACAUUGUCAUGUGUGCUGGGCAAAUAUUGCCUAGCUCUUCAGCAGAUGACCAUAAUGAGGAGGCAGAGACUUGAUAUGUAGUUCAUGUCUCACUACUAGUUUCUGGUCACUAUAAAAACAGUUUAUAUAAUUUUAUUUACCCCUUGCCUUGACUCCACCCAUCUAUUUCCAGCCAUGUUGUUUUCUCUUAACAGCUCUGUUUUGGAUGAAAGCUUCUGCAGCUGCAAAAGAGUCAUUCUUGCCUGCUAAAGCUGUUGAGUUAAAUGUCUCCUGGGACAGUCUGUCUCUCUCGGGACUUUUGGCCUGUUAUAACUUUCUGGGUGCCUGCAGGCCCCAAAGAGGAAGUUAGCAGGCAGAGGAAGUUGCCUGCACUAUCAUACUUACUGACUCAUCUCUUGGGCAGCCACAAGAGCUCAUCAUCUUGACAGACUCUGUCGCACAUUUUACUGGGUUGCUAGCUUGGAUCUUACUCCUAUGGAGCACCCUAUGAAAGAUGGGAUCCUGUAUAUUCAGCACCCCAAAUUUGGGAAGAAGUCUUGGCGGAAAGUAUGGGUCCAGCUUUUUGCUGACAGUCCUUUUGGUGUUGCCCGUCUUGAGUAUUUUGAAGCACGUGAUGGUGCUGCAGCGGGAAAAACAACCCUGAGGAAAGGGGAACGUAAAGUGAUUCGCCUCUCGGACUGUGUCUCUGUGGAAAGAGCUGAAGACCAGAGCUCCCCCAGGGACACGGCGCCUUUCUACUUGUGCAUGCUGGAACGCAGCUGGUUGUUCGCAGCAGAUCAACCAAGUGAAUGGAUUGAAUGCAUCUGUCAACUAGCUUUUCAGAGGAGACCGUCCCAGACCAGUACAGUUGGAAACACCUCAAGCUCUCAACCCCUAAUGGAGGAGAAUUCCAUCUACUCAUCCUGGAAGGAAAUGUGUGAGUUCCCAGUGAGCGUAUUCCCAACAGAGGCUUCUGCAAGAUGUCUAUUGAAAGGGAACUACCUGAUGGUCCUUUUACCUGAGCAACUGGUCCUGAAGGAUGUGCAUUCUGGACAAAUUCACUAUAGCUGGCCUUAUACCUUCCUCCGAAGAUUUGGCCAGGAAAAGACUGUCUUCUCUUUUGAGGCAGGUCGCCGCUGUGAUUCAGGAGAGGGCCUCUUCACUUUUAAUACUUCACAGGCUGCAGAAAUAUGCAAGGCUGUCUCGGCUGCAAUAGAACAUCAGAAGGCCAUCCUUCUGGAGAACAAUAAGAAAGCUGGGAUUUCUCAAGCUCAAGACUGUAUGCAGAAAGCUGGGGCGUGGUCCUGGCCCACUGGCACAGAGAGUUUGGAGGAAAUGCAACCACUUCCAAAGGGGAGUAUGGAAAUUAGCCUCUCUAGCGAAAACCACUCUGUUUCCCCAGAGCUUGAGUCUCCUGAAACACCCAUCAUCUAUGCUUCCAUUGGCAAGAGCUUUCCUCUCAUGUUUCAGCCUUGGGGCAAGACAGAGGCCGAAUCCCAAGAGCUAGGAGCACAGCUCUCAGACCAUCUCUACGAGAACCUGCACGAUCUGGAACAGCGUCCCUCCGGCUCAGAAUGUCUUGGCUUCAGCUACAGAGACUCCCCUGAGGGCAGCAACAACCGUGACCAAUUAUCCAUUUACGACAGUCCUAAAACACUCAAGCGCUUGAGCGGCCAUCUUAGCUCAAGUCCAAGGGCGGACUCCUCUCCGGACAGACAGUGUCCAUCUCAUCUGCUAGAUGGUCAGGAGACUGCAAGUAGAGGUGAAAGGAGUGGUAGGCCCAAGGCAAGAGGAGCUGGUGCGUUCAGACACAAGCUGGUUACCAUGCUUAGUAGAGAAGGAGGUAAAAACAAGAACUCUAGUCAUGUGGACAAGCCUUAAUAAACUCCUCCAGCUGAGAGGCCAAGCCCCAAGGCCUGACUUUCUUUCGAUCUGCAUAUCUUUUGUUUGUCUUGCCUCAUAGCUAUAACAUCCAAGCAGGGAUAAUCUCUGCACGGUGAUGGUUUGGAUGGAGAUAAAGUCCUCCAGGCCUGUUCCGUUCUUUGAAGGCUAAGAGGAUAUCUGAUUGUUUUUGUUUUGCAAUACCAUGAUCUCAGGCAAUCAAUAAUAAUAUUUGUCAUCUUAAUUGUGUGUUGCUGUAGAAUCUUGAUUCUCUUCACUCCUUUCCAACUAUUACAGAUCAUUUCCCUAUAUUGCUGGUACUAGAACUAUCGGUUGUAAUAUUUCCACAUGUACUGAAGAUGAUAACUCAGUGAUGAAAGCCUUGGGUUUCUUCCAUUCCUGCUUUAAUGAUCCAAGAUUGUACAAAUGGGAAAAAAAUAAGACUU